CGCCGCCGCCGCUGCCGCCACCUCAGGAGCUGGGCCCGAGCGGGGAGGCGGGGCCCGAGCGCAGCCCCAGCCGAAAGCCGCCGGCCCUCAGCAGGCCCGCCGCUUUCCUCCGCGGGCUGCAGCAGUCGUUCGGCAGGCAGCUCCCCGGGGGGGCCGUUUGCGCCAUGAAGCGGGGAGGUGCCCGGAAAGGCGCCGCUGGCGACUGCCACAGGCAGUCCGGCCGGGACCGCUUGACCCUGGACUUCCGCGCCUGGCAAGGCUGGCUGUGCGCCGCUGUGAAAGAAACGGGAUUCUCCAUCACAAGAGCAGACAACAAAAUAUGGCUCACACUUCUAAUGGCUGCAGUUUCAGGAAUCCUUCACUGGUACCAUAUAACAACUCUAUUUGAAAACAACUCUCGUUUUUCUCAUCUUUCAACUCUGGAAAGGGAAAUGGUUUUUCGAACUGAAAUGGGUCUUUAUUAUUCCUAUUUCAAGACCAUUGUUGAGGCACCAUCGUUUUCCAAGGGGCUGUGGAUGAUUAUGAAUGACAAGAUAACUGAAUAUCCUCUUGUGAUCAACACACUGAAAAGGUUUAAUCUCUAUCCAGAGGUUGUGUUAGCUUUUUGGUACCGCAUGUACACAGGGAUGAUGAAUGUUAUUGAUAUUUCAACAAAGAGUUGUUGGAUUGUGAACAGAGGAGAAGGUGUCAGUCCUGUUGAAAGUUGUGAAGGACUGGGAGAUCCUGCUUCUUUUUAUGUGGCUAUAAUAUUUCUUCUGAAUGGAUUAUUGGUGUCAGUAUUCUUCAUAUAUGGUACAUAUCUAAGUGGGAGCAGAUUUGGAGGACUACUUACAGUGGCAUGCUAUUUCUUUAAUCAUGGGGAGAGUACUCGUGUGAUGUGGACCCCUCCUCUUCGUGAAAGCUUCUCAUAUCCAUUCUUUGUAGUCCAGAUGCUCUUGCUAACCUACAUUCUCAGGACUCCAAAACUUACUAGAAGAAGCCUGAUUGCACUAUCUGUUGUUAAUGUUUUAUUCAUGCUUCCAUGGCAGUUUGCUCAGUUUGUUCUUCUGACACAAAUGGCAUCGGUUUUUGGUAUAUAUAUUUUUGGAUUCAUAGAUUCAAGCAAACUACAGAUGAUACUUUAUGCACAUAUGGCAUCACUUGGAGUCUGUUUUAUCUUGAUGUUUGGGAAUGCUAUGUUGCUGACAUCCUUUUAUGCUGCCUCUUUAGUAGUUAGCUGGGGUAUUCUUGAACUGGGUCCUAAAUACCUGAAAAAAGGUAGAAAAGACAUUCCUUUAUGGGCUGUUAAAGGAUUUGCUUGGGUGUUUGGGACAAUUGUCUUGAAAUGGUUGAUGUGUCAAAUACUUGGAAUAGCUGAUGAUGCUCAUAUAAGCAACCUAUUAAAAGCAAAACUUACUGGUUAUAAGGAUUUUGAUACAUCAAUGUAUACCUGUGCUGUGGAGUUUGAUUUCAUGGAAAAAGAGACUCCAGUGAGGUACAUGAAGACAUUGCUGCUUCCUGUUGUUCUAGUAAUUUUUUUAGUAAUUUCACAGAAGACAUAUCAACAUGUGUUAGCUAACAUAUAUAAUGAAGAAUACACGGAAAGACAGGAGGAUCAUUUUAUUCGUGGAGAGCUAGUGUACCAUAUGCUGCAACUUGUUAUAUUUGCAGUUCUUGCAAUUUUAAUUAUGAGACUAAAGCUAUUUCUUACACCUCAUAUGUGUAUCAUGGCAUCCUUGGUGUGCUCAAAACAACUGUUUGGAUGGGUCUUCAGUAAAAUCCAGCCUGGAACUCUUGUUGUUGCCAUUUUAGCAAUGAUGGCAUUUGAAGGGAUGGCAAAUGUUCAAAAAGAAUGGAGUAUUGUGGGAGAAUUUAGCAACUUGCCGCAGGAAGAGCUCUUGACGUGGAUAAAAACAAACACCAAAGAAGAUGCUGUUUUUGCGGGAGCAAUGCCUACAAUGGCAAGUGUAAAAUUAUCUACACUUCGACGUAUUGUGAAUCAUCCGCAUUAUGAAGAUGCAGGAUUACGAGCAAGAACGAAAAUAGUUUAUUCAGUAUAUAGCAGAAAACCAGCAAAAGAAGUUAAAAGGGAUUUGCUAAAGUUGGGAAUAAAUUAUUACAUAUUAGAAGAUUCCUGGUGCCUGAGAAGAACCAAGCCUGGCUGCAGCAUGCCAGAGAUCUGGGAUAUAGAAGAUCCUAUCAAUGCUGGGAACGUUCCAUUAUGCAAGCUGCUGAGUCAAGAUUCCAGGCCAUUUUUCAGAACAGUGUUCAACAACAAUAUAUUCAAAGUAUUAGAAGUCAGCAGGGAAUGGUGACAGUGUAACUUUAAACUGGCAACUAUUUAAAAAAAUUCUAUGAAUUCCAGCUCAGUUAAUAUUAAUGGGAGUUUUGCUAUUGAUAUCAGUGAGUCAUAGAUUGCACCAUUAGACUUAAGCCGUGUUUCAGAGCACUGUGUGUUCAGUGGCUUUCAUUGUCAUUUGUAGUAAAUGAAGCCCACAUCUACAUGGACUUCGUUGCCUUUCUAAAUUCAACAGUGGGUAACCCGCUGCAUACAUGCAGGGCCUCCUCAUUAGAUCCAUUUCUUGGAUGACAAGUCUAACCAUAUUUAUUUGGAAAUGCAUUAAAGUUUAAUGCAUUAAAAUAAACUUCUGAAUAAAUAUGUUGAAGAUUAAGUACCUGGCUUUUAAAAUGAGGACCUGUAUUGAUGCUUUACUGUUUUAAAACAACCUCAAACAUAACAAUUUGUAUUUCAUUUCUGGGUCAGUUCUUAAAAAUUUGCUGUGCAAACAUUUAUACAUUUGAACACUUUUAAAUAAAUAUUGACGCAAAGCAAGUAAAUAAAAAUGGCUACGGAAAAGAAUGUCAGGUUUCUAAGUCAGUGCAACUGUAGAAGCCAAUAAACUUUCUUAGCCAACUCAGUGUGUUUUGGAAGCUAAGCAGGAUAAUGAAUUGGAGGUACAGUAUUCAAGAUUUGUCACUUAGUCAAACCAAUAUCAUACUAGCCCCACUUUCCUAGCAUGCUUCUCAGAUAUGCAGUUUUUAUGAGUGUGUUUGUGAAAAAAUUGGAUAGUUUCCAUAGUCCAGUAUGUAUGCAAGUAGUUACUGUUUUUGCAAAACCCAAGGAAGGUCAAUGGUAAUUUCUGUCUAGGUCAUGUAUUUAAAUUUUUAUUCUGAAUGGAAUAAAUAACUUUGAACUUGUUAAUGGAGAAUGUAUAUUUUGCACAUUCUCAAUUCUAGUUUUUGAGUGAUUGCAAAUACCAGAUCACUGGAAUCAUUUGCAGUGAACAGUAUUUUUGCUACUAUGGUGUGAAAUGCUUUGUUAUUAGAGGGUAGUUGAAACUGACCAAUUUGCACAUAUGAAACUUUUAACAAGAAAAAUGCUUCUUGGGAAAGUUCUUUUUUACUUCACCUCAAUGCAGAAAUAGGGAGAAAAACUAUUUUGGCCUCCUUGUAGAAAGAGAGAGACCCUAAAUUAUUAGGAAAUAACACUUUUGUUACAGAAAAAUAAAAUGCAACUAUAUAAGCAAUGUAAAGUAAAUCUGAAAUAAAGUAAUUUCACUUUUAUGGUUCCAGUAUACAUCUUAGAAUAAAGAUAACUUUUAUAACAGAGGAGCCAGUAGUGUGGCAAAUAUUAAUACCACUAGAGCAGUAUUCCUCUUUUUCUAAAACUUAUUUUGAUAACAGCCUUCAAAGAAAUUCUGCUGAUGUACAGUGCAAUUUCAGAUAAGAAUUCGCUUUGCUGUAAUAAAUAGGGAAAACCUGUGCUAACUACUCUCUUGUGUCUGUGACAGUUGCAUUAAGUCAUCUAGAUAGGAACCCUCUGGAAAACUCUUCAGCCACCUGCUUAACUUCCACAUUGCAACUAUAUAUCAUUGUCUGCAACUAACAAUUCUAAAUUCUGUUGCAAUAAAAUGGUGAAUCAUAUAUUAGGAUAGCAGUAUAAGAAAUAUUAGAUUAAUUUAGUUUUCUUUGUUUAAGGAGGUAAGGAGAGUCAUUUAAUUGCAAAUAAAAAUUUCCUUUUGUCAUACUUGCUAGACUGGACUACCAGGAAACCUGAACAGUGAAAAACUGGCAGUAAAGAAGCAGAAACCUAAUUUCUUAUUUUGUAAAUAAAUUAUAUUACAGCACAAAAAUGGUGUAUUUUUAUGGAUUUUGUUAUAGUUCUUGAUAUUUGCUGUAAAAUAAAAGACUUGUUUAUAUUUGA